AUACCACGAAUCGUCCUAUACCAGAGUGCGUCAGUCGCCGGUCAGCAGGCACGAGAGCGCAACACGAUGGUGCGUUUGACACUUGUUCUAAUUGCCGUGGUGCUCCAUGAAGCCACCUGCCUCUUCAACGUCUACCCAGACAUCCCGGUAGUUAGGAGUGUUCGAAGUGAUGUCGACCCUGGCGAGCCACUCUUCCUCUCACCCUUGAUUAAAUCUGGCAAAAUCGAAGAUGCGAGGAACAAGGCGUUGGUCCCGCCGCUUAAGGGCGCCGAAAGUGUCGUCAGCUAUUCGGGCUACUUGACCGUGGACGAGGCCUUCAACUCCAACAUGUUCUUCUGGUUCUUCCCAGCAGAGAAAGACUAUGUGAGUGCACCUGUGGUGCUGUGGCUGCAAGGAGGCCCAGGUGCCACCUCACUCUUUGGCCUGUUCACCGAAAAUGGCCCGCUUGUAGUGAAAACUAAUCAGGUCUUGAGCACCAGACAGUAUUCCUGGAGCAAAACCCACAACGUCAUUUACAUUGACAACCCAGUGGGAACUGGUUUCAGUUUCACCGAUGCUGACGAAGGUUUCUCUCGCAACCAAACUGCCGUCGGAAAGAAUUUGUACAGUGCGCUGGUACAGUUCUUUAAAUUGUUCCCAGAGCUCGCGAAAAAUGAAUUCUACGUCACUGGCGAGUCAUAUGCUGGCAAAUAUGUCCCGGCAGUCUCCUAUACAAUUCACAAAGAAAAUCCCACUGCGGCGUUGAAAAUAAACUUCCAAGGAAUGGCUAUUGGAAAUGGACUUAUUGACCCCGAACACAUGCUUCACUAUGGAGACUACCUUUAUCAGCUCGGGCUGAUCGAUUUGAACGCGAAACGAGAAUUCCACAAAAUUGAGGCCAGAGGGAUCGCUGCGAUCCAAAGAAAAGAUUGGGAAGCCGCUUUUGAAGUAUUUGACAGCCUUAUCAAUGGAGACCUGACGACUGGACCGGCUCUAUUCCAAAAUUUGACUGGUUUCAACUUCUAUUUCAACUACCUGCACAACACUGACCCUGCCGAGAGCGACCCAACUGCAGAUUUUGGCAUUUUAGUGCAGACUCCGGAAGUGCGAAAAGCCAUUCAUGUUGGAAACAAACCGUUCAGUGGACUUGAGGCUAACAAGGUUGAAAAGUUCCUACAGCAAGAUAUCAUGAAGUCUGUUCGGCCAUGGAUUCAAGAACUUGUGGAGCAUUAUAGAGUUUUGAUCUACAAUGGCCAGCUUGAUAUCAUUGUAGCUUAUCCACUGACCCUUGGUGCUCUGCGGGCACUGGACUGGAGCGCAAAAAAUGAGUACAUGAGGGCAGACAGGCACAAGUGGUACGUUGGCCAAGAACUAGCGGGAUACGCGAAGACAGCUGGGAAGCUGACGGAAGUGCUCGUCAGAAACGCAGGCCACAUGGUUCCUGGAGAUCAGCCCAAGUGGGCAAUGGACCUCAUUCAAAGAUUUACUCAAAAUAAACCAUUCUACUGAUUUAAUUGCUUCAAUGUGUUACAAACAACGCUAAAUAAAAUAAAUAAAUCAACUUGGAAUAAAAUCAAA